AUGGCUGGGAGGACGGACAUUGCCGAACAGCUCAAGGAACUCAUCUCCUCCUUGAAAGAACAGGGUAUUCUAGAUGAGAAGUUUGAUGAAGUGAUGAGACGGUUGAAAGAUGAACGAAACCCUCGCUUUGCUGUUGAAAUCAUAAACCACUUCUACGGUGAUGCUGAAAAUAACCUAGCAGAACUUACAUACCUGAGUGUUGUUCCUAUCAUCGACUAUCCUCAGCUGUCAAAUGUCGCCCUCAAUCUCAAGGAAGCUUGCUCAAGUUUUGGUUGCAGCCGGAUGGCCAUUGCCUGCGGCGAGCUCCGAGAUGCAAGUGAAGCAAAGAACAAAGAAGGGUGCCAUAUGGUUCUUGAACAUAUCCGCCGUGAAUAUGCUGUCCUGCAGAAGAAUCUGAAUCAAAUUGCUCAGGAAAGCAAGGGCAUAGAAGACUUUAGUGAUAUUAUUAGAGAAGCCGGUGGAAAUCUCAAUGUUGAUCUGUUUAAAGUACGUGGGAAGUUCGCCUUAUCAUAUGUUUAUGAAGAUUUUUUACUCUGCAAAGGGAAAAUUCUUCUAGUCACUCGUCGAAGAUUGGUAUUGUUGCAAGUAAGUUAG